UCAAAAGAUUUCUUUCGCAUUCAGAAUUCUUUCCAACUGAAACUAGUGAUUUUAAUGGCACCUGCAGUUUCCAGAACUUGAGAAUUUUUUUAGUUUGGUGUUGGAUCUUUACUGAAUAUGGGAUUGUGUGAUAAUCAAGUUCCCAGAUGAUUUUAUAGCGCGACGUGUGUGCGCAGCGUUGAAAAAUGUCUAACUGCACAUUCCCAGAAAUCGAUCUCUGUAUUCCCAAAAGUCACAUUCGUAUUCUGGAUUCCGAUAUCUUUCACAAUGCUCAUUCCGAUGGAGACAAUCCUCCCACUCGCUGUUUAUGUUUGGUGCAGGAAGAGUGGCUGCUGCAUUUGGUGGCGUCCAACACGCGUCGUGCCUGCUUCCAAGACGCACCUGUGCUGCCCGAGUUGAGCGACAUCGAAGUGGAGUUGCUGCUGAGUCAGCCUCCCGUGGCAGCCUCCGGAACGGGGAGAAUUCACGCCAAGGACGGGACGGAAUGGAUUUUUGUGGAAAUGUUUUAUGUUCCCUUACUGCCGUCGGCGUCUGUACAGAGGUUUCCGGAAAUGAUCGAGAAUGGUGAUGGGACGGAAGACAACUAUUUUUCGCGGAUUUCGGCAAUGCAAGGUGAAGCACAGAAUGCCGCCGUUCUGCGCAAACAUCCCAAAAGCAUCCAGGCGGUGAUCGCGCCCCUCCCGCAACCCGUCUACGAAAUGGCCGGCGAUAUCGUGGCGGAAGUGUGUCAGUCGGUCCUGUCCUGCCCCUUUUUGGACUUUUCCGGGCGAGCGUCAAUCGUGCCGCCGGCGACUCCUCCGAAUAUUCUCCGUCCAUAUUUUGUUGCCUGUAUGGUUGACCAUUUCCUGGUGGCCCUCCCGUACCGUCCCUUUACCAUCAUCGACUGCCUGCGUUUCUCCAGUAACCUGCUGGCCUGCGAUGCGGCCAAGUAUUUCAUCCUGUACCAGUGCAUCCAGGCGGUGGCGGCCGUGCAGAGAAAGGGAUUUCUCGCCGGCAAUGUGGGAUUAACGGAUUUCGUUGUGCGGCACGAUAUGUGGCUGGAAAUGAAGCCGAUCCGAUUGUUUGAGGAGCUCAUUCGCUUGGUUAUCAAGGACGAAAGUGCCGGUGAAGAAGAGACGAAGCGGAAGGAGGAUCCGGAAGAUGUGGAUGCUGGGAAAAUCUCCGAGUGGACGACAUUAUGGUGUUUGGGAAAGAUUACCAACUUCGAGUACCUUCUGGCUUUGAACCGGGCAGCCGGACGCUGCUUCGGCCAUCCCGACUACCAUCCGAUCAUGCCGUGGGUGGUGGACUUCAGCUCCUCCACCGAGGGCUACCGCGAUCUGACCCGCUCCAAGUACCGUCUGACCAAAGGUGAUCACCAGCUGGAUUUGACCUACCAAGCCUCCGACAACGGAAUGCUGGCGCAUCACAUUCCCGAGACGUUCAGCGAUCUGACCUUCUACAUCUAUAAAGCACGCAGGAUUCCCAAGAGUGUGCUGUGUCAGCACGUGCGCAAACGCUGGGUGCCGGCGGAAUAUCCAUCCACAAUGGAGCGCUUAUACCGUUGGUCGUGUGACGAGUGCAUCCCCGAGUUCUUCUCCGACCCGACCAUCUUCCAGUCCAUCCACCCCGAUCUCCCGGACCUGGCCGUCCCGCCCUGGUGUCCCGACGUCCGCGCCUUCCUGCAGUUUCACAGGGCUGCCCUGGAAAGCGACUACGUGUCGCAGCAUCUCCACCACUGGAUCGACUUGAACUUCGGCUACAAACUGACCGGCAAGGAAGCCAUCGAGGCCAAGAACGUGGUACUCUCGAUGCACCUGCCGCCCCGGGGGCUGAAGAAUCAUGGCAUCCAGCAGUUAUUCGCGGUGGCGCAUCCAGCAAAAUUCCGGGUACUGCCUUGGUUUGCCCGCGAGCCGAUUCCCUUGAUAAAGGUCAGCGCGAAGGGCAUGAAGAGGCGGAGCAGCGGGGAUAAUUUGAGUGUGGGAAAGGAGGACUCUGGAGAUGAUGUGUCGGUGGAUAAUGUGGAGAUGGCGCUGCCUAUAGAGAAUGGGAAUAUGUGCGAAACAUUGAGCCCACUGGAGCAUUUGGAAAACUUGGAGGUCCUCAUUGACUUUUGCAUAUCGGUGGAUAAAGAGCAGCCGAAGCUACUGGACGAUUUCGUCCCUCCGCUGAAACAACCCGAGACGGUACUGUAUUAUUUACGCAAUGAUCUGCAGAGCGUGACGUGCCUAGCCGUGGAUAUCUUCGCGUCCAGUCACAUGCCGCAUUACUUCCCGUCCUUUUCCGUGCUAUCGAAGCGAGUGGCUUAUACGAAGAAAACCUUCGCCGCAGUGGAGAAUAAAUUACCGGCGGAGCUGGGUGGGGCGGUGCGAGCCUUGCUCAGCAGCAAAGUGUUUCCCUAUGGAGCAGAGCAGAUUCUGGCGGAUUGUGAGAGGAUUCUUCCCUUUCCCCGGUACAUGCAGAAAUUCCAUCAGUAUGCGGCUACCAUCGCGUUGACAGCUGACCACAGCAUACUGAGUGAAGUGCUGGACGACAUGGACGAAUGCGACCGGGAACUGGCGUUCACCUUCCUCAAGCAGCUGUUCAGUCAGUCCAGCGAGCCGCAUCAGUGGCUGGUCGUGCUCAGUGACACCGUGAUGAAAUACUGCGGCGUGGACAGAUUCGGCGAGAUGCUGUUGCCGCUGAUCCAGCAGGUGUACGGUGAGGGCCCGCCGGCGGAUAAAGCCGAUUAUCACGCGUAUGUCCAGCUCUUCCAGCCGGAAUUCCUGCAGAGCGUGGCCGUGCGGCUGGGUAUGGGAGUAUUCCUGCGGGUAUGGCUGGUUCCGCUGAUCGAGAAACUGGCGGAUGUCGAAGAAAUGCUGCAGAGGACGGGGAAAACUGGGCAUAGUGUUCCUGUGGAGGAGGAGCAGAUUUUCACGCUAGAUGACGACGACAACGGUGGCGUAUUGGAUAACGUGAUGGUUGAUGCACCGGAUAUUGUACAAACGCACGUGAUGAGCAGCUUGAACUGGUUGGCGGAGGAAAUCGGUCCCGUCCUGACAUCGCGGUUUAUUUCGGGGAAUCUGUUGAAGUCGCUCUCCUUGUGCUACUCGGAACAGGAAAAACUGCAGCCGGUGCAGCUGGAUGUCGGUCAGAAUGAAGAUCUGAUUUCGCCGAUUAUUGUUGCGGGCGAUGUGGCCGCCUGGGGUGUCAGUCAGGUGCUGAUGGACAUUGCUUCCUUAUACGGGCGCAGCUUCAUCUGGGACCAUUACUUCUCAUACUGCGCCGAAUUGGUGAAGGAGGCCCUGCGGAAACUGACGCCGAUGAACGAAGCGGGACUGCUGGGUUGUCUGGAGAUGAUGCAGCAGAUCCUGCCUCAGGUGACGGAGGCCGCGCUGUACGAGCACCUGCCCUUCCAGAUCAUCAACGAGAUCCUGUACCCCCACGUCGAACUGCUGACCAGUGGCCUGCACAUCUUCCCCUCGGGCGUCGCCACCCGCCGGUUGCUGACGCUCAAGUGGCUCAAUCUGGUCUACACGCUGGCCAGCCGCAUUGGACGGGAAUCUGCCAGGACAAUGAUUACCAGCCCGUUGUUGGUGACGUUUUUCGGGGUGUUCACGAAGCUGUACAGCGCCCAACCAACUUCGCCGACUCCGCCAGACGGUAUUCCGGUGCCGGGCCGAAAAUCGCCGAACCGUGAUCCGCCCCCUGACCCGCACGGCUCUCCGUUCAUCACCAUCAAAAAAGACCAAUCCAGCGGCGAAUUAACCGUGGGCACCCCGGUAACCCUUUCCCUAGACUCCGCCCUGUCCCCGCCCAGCACGGCGCCCUUUCACAGCAGCGACGGCGAGGAGACCCUGCAGGAACUGAAGGCCGUCUUCACCGACGAGAUGGCCUCGGACGCGUACAUCCCCUUCUGCGCGCUGUUGGGACAGUUCCACAUGGACGAGAAGCUGAUCAACUCCGAUUUCCUGCACGCCAUGGUCGUCGGCAGCGACGAGAAGCCGUCGAUUAGUAUUUCGGGGGCCAGGUUGUCCCGGCACAACAGCGGGGCAUCGACGCGCAGUCAGCGGUUCGGCGGGGAGGAAGCGGAAGUGAAGGGACUGCGGAGACAGACGUCGGCGGUGAACGCCAGUGCGCUGGAUGUUGAUGUCAUCGAUUACGAAGAAUCACAGGCGGCGGAAGCGAAAUUGCUGCGCGACAGCCAAGCGGGCGCAGAUCGGGCUCUGCGCGGCAACUGGCUGGCCUACUGGCAGAACGAGAUCGGACAGGAUCGCCGCGAUGAAGCCUGGAACGUGAAACAGAUUCCGCUGCAGACCUUCGCCGCGCAUGCCGGCUCGGUGAAGAGCCUGUACGUGUUCGACUCGGAAGUGAGCUUCAUGUCCGGCGGAAAGGACAAGACGGUGCGCUUGUGGUCCAUUCGCAACACCGGCGACGGCAACUACAGCUCCACGGCGGCGGAAGGAAUGUAUGUCGAUCAUAAAAAGCCUGUUACAGAGCUGAAGUUCAUGGCGCGUGAACGACUGGCGGCGUCCUGUGACGGUGCGGUUCACCUUUGGGAUCCCUGGACCGUUGUGACCGUUUACCGACCGGAAGUGCCGACGCAAGCCACCUGCAUGGACACUUCUUCCUCGCCGAGCAGCACACUGUUGAUCGGAUACAUCACCGACGAACUGUGCCACGUCAGCCGCUACGACGUGCGCAGCAAAUGGGGUCCCUGCGCCGGGGGGCAGUUCAAGGUGUCCUACGGCAGUGCCGGCUUGAUUCGUUGUCUGGUGACGGCGCCCGAUAAUUCCUGGUUCGCCUGCGGAUUCUCCGCCGGCGUGAUCUCGGUGUUCGACCAGCGCACCGGCAUGAUGAGCGCCACGUGGAAAGCGCACGACUCGGACAUCUUCCAACUCCUGGCCCUCAGCCCGACCCGGCUCGUCUCCGUGGCCAGCGACAACGUGGUCUGCGUGUGGGAUUUAACGCGCGAACCAGACGAGCGUCUCGUGCACAAAAUCGCCGCCUUCUCGGAACCGCUGCUGCAGUGCGGACUGGCGCAGCGCGGCCACACCGCCGACCUGGUGGCGCUGCUGGCCGGCAACCGCCUCGGGGUGGUGGGCGACGUGCUGCGCGGCGGGACGUCGCUGGUGACCACCAAGAUCCGGGCGGACGUCUUCAAGGGCAAUUGUGUCGGGUUGGCGUUGUUGCCUAUGAACCGGCAGCUUUUAGUGGCCGGCGAAAGCGGCGCGACUCUCUUAUUAUGUUGAAUUGGUAGUCGGCAGCUGUGUUUAUAGGACUGGUUAAUGUCACCAUGAUUCCUGAUUUUUACAUGUUUUUAAAGAUGUUUUCUAAGAACACUGCUGCACGCGGUUGUGCAGCGGUUCGUGAUGCCAGCCUUACAGUGAUAGUUUCUUUGUGAUACGUAUGCACGUACUGUUAACAUGAAUUUUAUUAAUUUCGACUUGCUGCUUGCAGUUUGACAACAAUUAUUUAAGAACUGGCGACGAGUUGA